AUGUCCUCAACCCGAGAACUAUCGCAUGAUGGCUACACCGUGGGAUGGAUUUGUGCUCUCCCACUCGAGAUGGCCGCUGCGAAAGCCAUGCUUGACGAAACCCACCCGAAACUCCUGCAGUCAUCUCACGAUCACAACAGCUCUGCCUUAGGGAAUGUUGCUGGCCACAACGUUGCAAUCGUUUCCUUACCGUAUGGUAUCUAUGGCACCACUUCAGCUGCGGUGGUUGCAGUGCAGGUGCUGUCGACCUUUCCUUGUAUACGGUUUGGCAUGAUGGUAGGCAUUGGAGGCGGUGCUCCCUCGUCGCAGAAUGAUAUCCGACCGGGCUUCUACCAGGAGUCGUGCAAUAACUAUGACUACGGAAAGACGGUUGCUUCAGGGCGCUUUGAGCGUACUGGAACACGCAAUCUGCCACCCCAGAUUUUGCUGACCGCGGUUACAGAACCCAUAGUGUCACGGGCUCGGAAACUAGCAGAUAUAACGAAUAAUAUUCAUAUCUAG